CACGCAAGCACUACGAGUCCAAUCUGACUGCCUCCUCUCUCUCGGGCCAUGGCGGCCUCCCCGAGAGCUCUCCUUCUCUGCCGUUUCCGCCACCUCUCCACCGCCUCCUCCUCCUACCCACCAAUUCCAAACUCCCUUGUUCUUUCCUCCCGUCAUCACCCCCAUCUCCGCCGGACCCGGGAAUUUCACCUCCUCUCCUCCGCCAUCACCCUUCCUCCCGCCGUCGUCGGCUGCCUCUUCUCCGGAUUCGACGGUGGCGGCGUCGCGGAUGACUUGGUCUCCACCCGGCGGUCCGGCCGCCACGAGUUCUCGGCCCUGGCCAACGUGCUCCGCCGCAUCGAGCCCCUCGACACGGCCGUCAUCGGGAAGGGCGUCUCCGCCCCCGCCAAGGACUCCAUGAAGCGGACCAUCUCCACCAUGCUCGGAUUGCUCCCUUCCGACCAGUUCGACGUCUCGAUUAGGGUUUCCAAGCAGCCCCUUUACCACCUCCUCCUCUCUUCCAUCAUCACCGGGUAUACGUUGUGGAAUGCAGAGUAUCGGGUGUCGUUGAUGAGGAAUUUCGACAGUUCUCCGGGGAGUAGGGAAGUGCUGGAGGCAUCCCGUGGUAGGUUUGAGGUGUUGGGGGAUGGCAGCAAAGAAAGUGAUCGCAUGGACGAGGAUGAGGAUGAGCUGCGAGGAAGUGAAGGUGGCAAAGGGAGAAUUGCUCGCGAGAGUCUUGAGAAUUUGUCUCCUGCUGCUUUGAGCUACAUACAAGAGCUGGAGUCAGAAUUGGCAACUGCUCAGAAGGAAUUGGACGCAGAAAAGCAGGACAAAUUUUACCUGGAACACAGCAAAGAAAACAACAAUGACCUUUUAAAUUAUCUGAGGUCUUUAGAACCAGCUAUAGUUUGCGAAUUAUCUCAACCAUCAUCAUCAGAGGUGGAAGAAAUCAUUAAACAACUUGUUCAGAACAUAUAUAUCAGAAUUUUAAAUGGAAACACUCCUAGCUUGUUGGAAGAUUCAUCAGAGACAGCAUCUCGUGCUCACCCAAAAAAUGAUGCUAAUCAGGAAGAGGCUAUUACUACUCGGGAUUAUCUAGCAAAGUUACUCUUUUGGUGUAUGCUGUUGGGUCAUCACUUGAGAGGCUUAGAGUACAGGUUGCACCUAAGCUUUGCCGUUGGAUCAAUAUAAGAAGGAAUGAAAGAAGCGUACAUCAAAAUUGUUGGUCGUAAUUGUUGUUGUUUUUUUUUUUUUCCUUGUCUGGAAACCACCCUCCUCCCUUCGAUAGCAUUUCCCCACUUAACAUGUAUAAUUUUGCAUGUGACUUACAUUUUUAAAAUCAUGCAAUAAUUUUCUUUUCCCCCUUUAAUUCUGGAAUAUAUAUGUUCAGAAAUUCACUGAAUUCUUGCGCUGAUGUUCAAAGAAUGCAUAUUAACACUACAUAGUUCCAA